CGUCGAAAGACUCCUCGUCGGGAAUCCAAACUCUCGACUCCGACUUCGUAGUUAUCCUCGCCGCUCUUCUCUGCGCGCUCAUCUGCGUGCUCGGCCUUAUCGCGGUCGCGCGCUGCGCCUGGAUCCGCCGCAUCGCAGGAAGAAACUCGGACUCCUCUCCGUCGUCGGCGGCCGCCAACAAAGGCCUGAAAAAGAAGGUAUUGAAGUCGCUGCCGAAGCUGACCUACGGUAAGGACAACGAGCUGGCGUCGAAGCUCUCCGACUGCGCCAUUUGUCUAGCGGAGUUCGCCACCGGCGAGGAAAUCCGAGUGCUGCCGCAGUGCGGCCACGGAUUCCACGUUGUGUGUAUUGACACGUGGCUAGGAUCUCAUUCGUCGUGUCCGUCCUGCCGCCAGAUUUUGGGGACGGCGCGGUGUCAGAAGUGCGGCCGCGUGCCGGCGGCCACCUGCUCAGCUGCCGGAAUUCAGCCGGAGCAGAGAGAAGACCACGUAACUAGGUUUUUGCCUUAAUCUGUCUAAAUUACAGCCUUAAUUACACAGUAGGGAUUCCAAUUAGGGAGGAAUUAGUGUUAGAACUCAGUAGAUCCAAGUUUAAUAUUUGUAUGUACUUUAUGCUGUAGUUUCAGAAAACAGAAAUUACAUUUAACAAUACAAAUCUCCCAAAAUUUCACUUGCUGCAAAAA